AUGGACGAAGAUACAAAAUGCAAUGAGCUAACCGUUCUAUAUAAUGAAUACAAGGAGUACUUUCUGCUAUGCGAACUAAAGUUAAACCUGUCCAGUCCUAAUACAAAUACAACACCAAUAACGGGUGACGAUUACUAUGCAAAAUUAGCAUCGGGGAGAGGCAAAAAAAAUAUUGAAAGUCAUAUACAUCUUAAGACCAUAGAAGGUGUUACAAUUAGAGUAUCGGUAGAGACGUCCGGCUGGUAUGAAAUCCCGGAAGAUGAUACAUCAGAGUUAUUUAAGCAUUAUGAAACGUUUGAAUCGUUGAUGAUGCAGCGAUCACGAAGUUUCCAAAACAUGUUCGGCAAUACAUUAUCUAAUAGAUUACACAACCUAAUAAGCGAAAAGAUGCAUUCAGAACAAGCAUAA